UCAUCAUCACUCACAGCAGCACAGGGCACCGGGAAUCCGAAGAAAACGACCUCCACAUUUAAAACCCACGCACAAAACCACCGCACAAAGAGCGCGAAUACGACGGAGCCAUCCCAUUCCCCUCUCUUCCCUUCUCCUUCUGAGGACCGAGUAUUUAUAAACCCCGGAUCGAACAAAAUCGCCAUGAUCACUCUCCUCCCCUUCGAACACUCUCGAACCCCAAACCCUAGCUCAACUGCGCCAUGGCUUCUCUCUCUUCAGCUCCUCUCUCGCUCCGCUUCGCGAAGAGUAGCGUUCGGGGUUUGGCUCCGAGGGAAUCGAAGAUUCGGUUGGCGAGUUUUGGGAGGCUGAGGAUUGAAUUGGAGAGGGAGCGGUCGGCGAGGCGAGGGGUUAGGGUUUCAGCGUCGGCGGAGGUUUUGGAGGGGAGGAGGAAGGAGGAAGAGGAGGUGGUUGUGGAGGAGAGGCCUUUGAAGGUUGGGAUUGUUUGCGGCGGUCCGUCGGCGGAGCGGGGGAUUUCGUUGAACUCGGCAAGGUCGGUACUUGAUCACAUUCAGGGGGAAGAUUUGGAUGUUAGCUGCUAUUAUAUUAACUGUGAUCUCAAUGCAUAUGCUAUAUCACCUGCACAGCUGUACUCCAAUACCCCUGCGGAUUUUGAUUUCAAGCUAGAAAGUCUUGCCCAAGGGUUCCAAUCUUUGUCAGAGUUUGCAGAGCAUCUUGCUCUUUCAGUGGAUAUAGUGUUCCCUGUUAUCCAUGGUCGUUUUGGCGAGGAUGGUGGUAUCCAGGAACUGUUGGAGAAAGCAAAUGUGGCAUUUGUUGGUACUCCCUCAGCAGCAUGCCGCCAAGCAUUUGACAAGUACAAUGCCUCGCUGGAGCUUGCCAAACAAGGAUUCACGACUGUACCUAGUUUUUUGAUACUGGAAAACCAAGCUGAAAAAUCUGAACUUGAAAAGUGGUUUGAAAUCAAUAAGCUGGACAAGGAAACGGGAAAAGUUGUGGUCAAACCAGCAAGGGCAGGAUCAAGCAUUGGUGUUACCAUUGCCCAUGGUGUUGAUAAUUCUAUUAAUAAAGCUCUAGAUAUUAUUUCAGAGGGUAUUGAUGAUAGAGUUCUUGUAGAGUUUUUUCUAGAUGGAGGCAGUGAAUUUACAGCUAUUGUUGUUGAUACUGGCAUAGGAACUGAAUGUCAGCCUGUUGUUCUACUCCCAACUGAGGUGGAACUUUGUGGUAAGAAUGAUGUUAAUGACGAUACUAUAUUCAAUUACCGGCGGAAGUAUCUUCCAACACAGCAGGUUGCUUACCACACCCCUCCACGUUUCCCCACCGAUGUCAUUGGAUGUAUAAGAGAAGGAGCGGCAUUGUUAUUUCAACAUUUUGGAUUACGCGACUUUGCCAGGAUUGAUGGUUGGUUUUUACCAACUCAUGGAAAUGAUCUUUCAUUUCCUAAUAAUGUUAGUAGAUAUGGAAAGACAAAAUCUGGUACUGUCAUUUUUACUGAUAUCAACCUGAUUAGUGGGAUGGAGCAGACUAGCUUUUUAUUUCAACAGGCCUCUAAGGUUGGAUUUUCUCAUUCUAACAUACUUCGUACAGUUAUUCAACGGGCUUGCCUGAGAUUUCCUUCUCUCAAUCAACACAGAAAUGCAUGGAAUGCAUUACCUAGAAGAUUAACAUCUAAAAAUCCUGCUAAGAUGAACUCGAAAAGUCAUGGCCCUCAAAAGGUGUUUGUUAUUUUUGGAGGAGACACAUCAGAACGCCAAGUGUCUCUCAUGAGUGGCACAAAUGUGUGGCUAAACUUGCAAGCUUUUGAAGAUAUUGAUGUGCUUCCAUGUUUGCUUGCCCCUGCAAAUGGAUAUUUGUCUACUCUGCAGCAGGAUAUAGACCAUGAUUCUCAUUCCAGAGACGUUUGGUCUUUACCUUAUUCUCUUGUCCUACGACAUACUACAGAGGAAGUGUUGGAUGCAUGCCUGGAGGCUAUUGAACCAGCUAGGGCUGCACAAACAUCCCAUUUACGAGGUUGUGUGAUGGCUGAACUUGCAGAAGCUCUAAGAAAACAUAGUUGGUUUACUGGUUUCGAUAUCGUUGACGGACCACCGAAGAAAUUUUCACUGGAGCAAUGGAUCGACCAUGCUAAGGAAUCUCAAGCAAUAGUUUUCAUUGCAGUGCACGGUGGUAUUGGCGAGGAUGGAACCCUUCAGACCUUGUUGGAGGCAGCAGGAGUUCCGUAUACAGGCCCUGGACCCGAAGCUUCUAAACUUUGUAUGGAUAAAGUUUCAACAUCGCUUGCUCUGAAUCAUCUUGCAAGCUUUGGACUUUUGACUAUACCCAAGGAUGUAAAGAGUAGAGAAGAGCUGCUGAAUUCGCCUAUAUCUGAUAUGUGGCAUGACUUGAGUACAAAGCUUCAGUCUGGAACUGUAUGUGUUAAACCAGCUCGUGAUGGAUGUUCAACUGGAGUUGCAAGAUUGUGUUCUGAUAAGGAUCUUAAAGUCUAUGUAGAUGCAUUAAGGGAUUAUCUUCCGCGCCUUCCUGCUAAUAGCUUGUCAAAGGCACAUGGGGUCAUUGAAAUGCCAAAUCCUCCUCCAAAAUCAUUGAUCUUCGAGCCUUUUAUAGAGACCGAUGAAAUAAAUUUUUCAGCAAAACCAGUCAAUGAUUGUGAUCGGCUUAUGUGGAAAGGAGAUAAUGAGUGGAUUGAAGUAACAGUUGGUGUUGUGGGUAAACGUGGAGAAAUGCAGUCUCUAACUCCUAGUAUUACUGUCAAGGAGAGUGGAGACAUUUUAUCCCUUGAAGAGAAAUUUCAAGGUGGUACUGGGAUUAAUCUGACACCACCUCCCACAACUAUUGUCAGUAAUGAGGUCCUGCAAAGAUGUAAACAGAGAAUCGAAUUAGCAGCAAAUACUUUGGGAUUAGAAGGUUUUUCACGUAUCGACGCGUUCAUUAAUGUACGCACUGGUGAGGUAUUGGUUAUAGAGGUCAACACUGUGCCUGGAAUGACACCAUCAACUGUCUUAAUUCAUCAGGCACUCGCAGAGCAGCCACCCAUGUAUCCGCAUAAAUUUUUCCGGGUUCUUCUAGAUUUGUCUCUUCAUCGAUCCAAGUAGAUACUUGCAAAGAGUGAUCUUUGUCAUGCCGCUGGGUAAAGAUAAAGAAAAUGUUUUAAGACACAAUAUUGUAAAUAUGUUUCUAGUUUCUUUUGCACCUGGCUCGGCAAUUAGGCCAGGAAAUUAGAGACAAUCUAAAGGGUCCCUAAUGUUUCUGCAAUCGAAAAUCCAAGUGCUUGUAUUUCUAGUAGUUUUUUAUUGUGAAGUUGAUAUUACCAACCCUUGCCGUAUGCUUACUUGUGACUGCAGCACAAAACUCCAUAAAUU